AUGGCCUCUGCAAAAGGGGUAUUGCGGAACGUGCAGGCGCAGGAGGAGGCGUCUCCGCAUUCCCCUCGGGAAGGGGGAGUUUUGCGCAACGAUGAACUGGCGCGUCAGCUAGAGCAACUUAAAGACAUCGACGCAUUGCAGGCCCUGGCACACAGCAUGGCAGCAGGGGGAAAGGAGGGUUCAUCUGUGCUCACUGCGGCUCAACUGGGGGAGGUGAUAUCUGCGCUGCAGGCGCAGGUGCAGGCUGAGGUGGCAACGCAUCAUGACGACCUCCUGCAGCAGCUAUCCUCGUUAAAAGACACAGAGGGCGUGCUGUCUGUGGUGCGCGCUGGAGUUGACUCGUUACUAGCCUCCGUCCAGCGCGUGCGGGCAGAGAUAGCAGACCCCUAUCGGGCCAUUCAGGUGAAGACACGUCAGCUGGCCGCUCUCUACGACACCAUGGAGCUGCUGAGAGCAGUCAUUAAGUACCUCAAACUGGUGCGCAAGCUGAGGGAGCACCUGAGUGGGGGGGUGGAGAAGGCGGAGCUGGGGAAGGCGGGGCAGGUGUGGCAGGAGGUGGGGGCGGUGCACAGGGAGGCGCAGCUGGGGGGGGUGCAUGUGGUGGAGGCACAGCAUGAGUGGGUGGCGGAGGCAGGGCAGGCUAUUAGGAGAGAGGCGAUGAGGGCGCUGGAGGGGGGCAUGGAGGCGAUGAACCAGGCUGAAGUGGGGAGCGUGCUGCAGGCUAUCAGGAGGGAAGCGAUGAAGGCGCUGGAGGGAGGCAUGGAGGCGAUGAACCAGGCUGAAGUGGGGAGCGUGCUGCAGGUGAGGGGUGCUGCAGACGGUGGAUCAGCUGGUGGCGAAGCACAAGGGGCAGGCCAUGCGAGCCGUGGCCACAGGGCUCGACAUGAAGGUGUAUGGGACGUUCCUGACGCCCUCGAAGCACAAGGGGCUUCAGCCGCCCUCGAAGCACAAGGGGCUUCAGCCGCCCUCGAAGCACAAGGCGCUUCAGCCGCCCUCGAAGCACAAGGGGCUUCAGCCGCCCUCGAAGCACAAGGGGCUUCAGCCGCCCUCGAAGCACAAGGGGCUUCAGCCGCCCUCGAAGCACAAGGGGCUUCAGCCGCCCUCGAAGCACAAGGGGCAGGCUAUGCAAGCAGCGGCCAUGGACUCUUUUUUGUGUGCCCUGCCAGUUGUGGCUUCCCUUCAUGGAAGUCGCAAGUUAUCAUUUCUGCACCCUUCUCGCACGUACAUGCCUGUCUCCCUCUCAUGUCUCUGCACUCGUUGUUGCCUCACUCACCCCUCACUACCCCUCACUGUUGUUCUCCCGGCAAGCAGGCUAUCAGUGCGAGCAUGGGAGCAUCAGGAGGUGGAGGAGGCUUGGGUGGCUCCGUGGGCGGACCAGGAGGAGCCAUGUGCAGCGGUACACCUCCAAUGGGCGGCGCGGCGUACCUAGAGCCUGGGAGGCCCUGGGGGGGCAUGCGCAGCGGCACUCCUCCAAUGGGUGGCGCCCCCAGAGCGCGAGAGGCGCUGUGGCAGCGGCUGACUGGAUGCCUGGAUGAGCUGGCGCGUGUUAUGGUGCUGACUGAGGUGCCACAAAGAGAGAUCCGAUCCUAUCGAGCAUGUGAUGAACCACGAGCCACGUUCACCGCCUCCUCCUUCCUCAAAGAGACCUUCGUCUCCGCCUACCCCCGCCUCCCCGCCUCCAUAGAGUCCUUCCUGGACCGGCCGCAGGCCGAUACAGACGUGCGCGUGCUGGGGGGAGGGGGAGGGGGAGGCGUGCGCCCAACACUCCUCGCUUCUUCAGGGGAUUUGCUGCCCACAGAGCGGGUGUGGGAGGCCUUGCUGCGGGCCUUCUCCUCGCAGCUACGAGCCACGUUCACCGCCUCCUCCUUUGUCAAAGAGACCUUCGUCUCCGCCUAUCCCCGCCUCCUCGCCUCCCUAGAAUCCUUCCUGGACCGCCUUCAGGCCGAUACAGACGUGCGGAUUCUGGGCGGAGGGGGAGGCGGACUGGGAGGAGGAGCGGGAGGAGCGGGAGGAGGAGGGUUUGGGUUGGGAGCGGUUGGAGGCGGUUCUGUGGUGGCUGGUUCGUGGGCGAAUGGCGGCACGCCAGCUGUCAUAUCUGUGGAGCAUCGUGCGCAGAUGUUGGCUGCUUUGGAGCCGUUUCAGACAGCCUAUCUGGCCCUCUCGCUCUCUAGAAUGACCGACCCGAUCAACACCAUGAUGCCAGCCGCAGGGGGUGGGAGGGGAGGCGUGCCGGGGCCGGAGGGGGGGGGGCUGCUGAGGCUCGUGCUGGCGAAUGCGGGCAAGGCGCUUCAACUGCUGGCCGAGCGAUGUGAAUACCAGGGGCUGCUGAGGCUCGUGCUGGCGAAUGCGGGCAAGGCUCUGCAGCUGCUGGCAGAGCGGUGUGAAUACCAGGUGUGUGUGGGAUGGGUGUGGGCGCAUGUGUGUGGUAAUGCGUUGUUCUGGCGAAUGCAUGCAACGCGCUGCAUGCAGGUGCCUGUGUGUUCUACUGGUAGCAGUGCACUCACUACUUUUUCUCUUUAUCCUUCUAACCUGUCCUUCUCCCCAUUACACCUGUCGCUACCGGUCCCGAAUCUCGUCAAGUCCUGGAAUCCUGCUCGCCAGCGCAGCAGCGCAACAUCGCCCUGCCCAGAGUCACGCCAGGUCCUCGCCCCCUGCUCGCCAGCCCAGCAGCGCAACAUCUCUCUGUGCGUGCUCCUAGGAGCGGUGCACACACGCUGCAUGCAGCUGCUGGCCCGCCUGCCAGAGGAGGCAGACUGCGUGAUGGAGGCGGGUGUGGGGUCCGUGCAUGGCGUGGCUAUGGACGCUGUUGCUCCCCUCUUCAAGGUGUGUGGUUUCAUCUCCUGCUGGGGUGCUCCUGCUGGGGUGCUCGUGGUGGGGUGCUCCUGCUGGGGUGCUCGUGGUGGGGUGCUUCUGCUGUGUGUUCUGCUGGCUGGGGGCGGUGCACGCACACUGCGUGCACCUACUCGUUUUGAGAGGCCAUGUGGGAUCGCAUCGAGGCCUGCCUCCUCCAAAUCCACCAGCAGGACUUCUACACAGACUACCCCAACGCCCCUCCCUCUUUUGCCUGCCCCGUUCCCCUGCCCACUUUGUUUCUUCCUCCACACACACCUGCGCUCUCCCUCUCCCCAGGCCAUGCGCGAUCGCAUUGAAGCCUGUCUGCUGCAAAUUCACCAGCAGGACUUCUCCUCAGACGACCCCCAACACCCCUUUCUUACUUACAACAUCCCCACCCUUCCCUCCCUGUUCCCAGGCCAUGCGCGACCGCAUCGAAGCCUGUCUCCUGCAAAUCCACCAGCAGCUCUUCUCUUCAGACGACGUGCCAUGCGGGAUCGCAUCGAGGCAUGCCUUCUUCAAAUCCACCAGCAGGACUUCUCAUCAGACGACCCCAACGCCCCUCCCUCCUCCACCACCCCGCCACCCCGUGGGUCGGCCUCAAGAAACCGUACCAGCAGCAGCGGGGGAUCCACACCACCCCACAAGCACAACCAGCACAACCAGAAUCAGCAGCAGCAGCACGAGUCAGCGGGGGACAACUGCUCGCCAUACAUGGAGAACACCAUUCGAGCCAUCACCCACUUCCACUCUGAGUUUCUCUCCAAGCUUCUUCUCCCUGACUCCUCCUCUACCUCCUCCUUUGCAGCAGCGCCGGCCUCGUCCAUAUUCGCUGCAUCUCUGUCCGGUGCUGCGGGAUCAGGCCCUCUCUCUCCCUCCACCGCCCUGCCCCCUGCGACUGUCUCGGAACCUGUUGCGCAGUCUCUCGCGAAACGCCUGGCAACCCGCACAGUUCUAUUUUUCGUGCGCCACGCCGCGCUGGUGCGGCCGCUAUCAGAGGCAGGGCUCCUGGCAUCCCGCACUCUGCUCUUCUUCGUGCGCCACGCAUCACUUGUACGACCGCUGUCAGAGGCGGGGCGGCUGAGGCUGGCGAGGGACAUGGGCGAGCUGGAGUUCGCCGUGGGGCAGCACCUCUUCCCCACACACGCCCUCGGCGCCUCCUACCGUGCUCUCCGCGCCUUCCGCCCUCUGCUCUUCGUGGACCUGGAGAAGAUCCCCACCAGCUCACUGCUACAGGGCCUCCUACCGCGCCCUCCGCGCCUUCCGCCCGCUGCUUUUCGUGGACCUGGAGAAGAUUGCAACCAGCUCGCUGCUGCAGGUCCUCCCCCCAAGCGUUGUCCUGCACCACCUCUUCUUCCGCGCGCCCCCGAGAUGCUCUCCCCAUUCACCUGCUCGUUGCCUCACUAUAAUUUUCCCCCUUCUUCUCCCCCGGACCCCCCUACUCACCCCCCCAGGAGACUUUUGAGACCUCCCCCCAAGCGUUGUCCUGCACCACCUCUUCUUCCGCGCGCCCCCGAGAUGCUCUCCCCAUUCACCUGCUCGUUGCCUCACUAUUAUUUCCCCCCUUCUCCCCCCGGACCCCCCUACUCACCCCCCCAGGACCUCCCCCCAAGCGUUGCCCUGCACCACCUCUUCUCCCGCGCGCCCCCCGAGCUGCUCUCCCCGUUCACACGCAUUCAGCAGCCCCCAGCACGCUACUCGCUCUGGCUGGACCAGCACUCGCAGCAGCAGGAGGAGCAACUUUUGCACACAACGCACCCACUUCCCCUGUGCUUUUGCUCCUUCCGCCAGGUUUUGUCACUCCAUUCACUCCCGUUGCCCCCUCUUGCUCUCCCUCUCCCUCCCCCGCAGGACCUCCCUCCAAGCGUUGUCCUGCACCACCUCUUCUCCCGCGCGCCCCCUGAGCUGCUCUCCCCAUUCACACGCAUUCAGCAGCCUCCAGCGCGCUACUCGCUCUGGCUGGACCAGCACUCGCAGCAGCAGGCGUGGCAGGGCAUCAAGGCGUCAUUAGACGAUUAUGUGGGGAGUGUGAAGGCGAGGGGUGGGAAGGAGUUUCACCCGGUUUAUGCUGUGAUGCUGCAGCUGGGGCAGAUGCUGUUGGUGGGAGGUAACGAGGGCAAGUAG